AGAGAGGGGAAGUGCGCAUGCGCUGACUCGUGAGUGCGCGUUUCUAUGGUAGCCAGAGUCGCUAGCUGCCAGCUCCAGCAGCCCGGAUCGCGUAGUAUUUCUGCGUGGCACCGGUGCUGGUGCGGCUGUAAAGCACUGGUCAGUGGUCACCGCCUCCGGGAGCCCACUUGUAUGUGCAGAGGGGAGCACCCAGAGUGGGUCUUAGGGGUCCUCCCAUGGCUUCACAGAAGCAGAUGGAGGUAGUGACCAAAGGAACUGGGUUCCGGCGCCGCCCCAAGACGACCACUUACACCCCGGGGACCUGCGAGCUGCUCAGAGUGAUGAUGAAGGAAUCCAAACUGACGAACAUCCAGCAGCGCCACAUCAUGGACAUCAUGAAAAGAGGAGAUGCUUUGCCCCUACAGUGCAGCCUAACAUCCAGCCAGAGGGUCUUACCUUCCAAGCAAAUAGCCUCGCCUAUCUACCUGCCUCCCAUCCUCGCAGCCCGUCCCCACCUCCGGCCUGCCAACAUGUGCCAAGCCAAUGGGGCCUACAGCCGGGAGCAGUUCAAGCCUCAAGCCACCAGAGAUCUGGAGAAGGAGAAACAAAGACUCCAAAAUAUCUUUGCCAUGGGGAAGGACCCAGAGGAACGGAAAAGAAAGGCCCCUCCUGCACGACAGGAGGCUCCAGCCCCUGAGCAAGACCGAUUUGAAGAGUUGGUGAAGGAAAUCCAGGAGAGGAAAGAAUUCCUGACUGACAUGGAGGCCCUGGGACAGGGCAAACAGUACCGAGGAAUUAUCCUUGCUGAAAUAUCCCAGGUAGGAGAAACAACCGGGGAAGCGGGGAGGGGAAGGGCCCAGAGCAAGUGUGAAUGGAAAUACAGGGCCAGCUGUGGCAGGGUUCAGGGGUCAAGCUCUAGCUCACUGCUGUGACGGUUCCUCGGGUUCCUAGCCCUGAUAUACCCACUUUCCCUGAUGCCCUUUGCAGAAACUCCGGGAAAUGGAAGACAUUGACCGCAGGAGGAGUGAGGAACUUAGGAAGGCUCUUGCCACCACUUAAUCUGUCUCCAGAGAUAGGCAGCAUAGCCCAAGCUCGACCACUGGAGUCCACUCCUCUGCCAGGCAGGGCCAUCCUCAGGCCAACCCACCCUACCAGCCUUCAGCCACGUUAGAUGGUAGCACAGCACUGCCCUGCAGUACCCCACGGCAUACUCAGCAGCCUAGCCCCUGCCCAGGAAUGCCACUGGAGCCCGAGACCACAGCCCCAUACACAGAGGAGUAAGACCUGAGCAUCCCUAAUAGGACGUGUAUCUAAAGGUAUCCACUGGGCGUGCUUCCUACCACCUCCAGCCUGUGGCCUGUUCAUUUGGUUUUCUGAAUUCAGGAAUGAAAAUGAUUCCUUUCUUUCUGUUUUAGGAUUUACUUAUUUGAUUUCUUACCGCCUUAGGCAAGUAUUCAAUCACAAUGAUUAACUGGCCAAUAAAACAUAUUGAACGUGGGUCAUUACAAGCACCAUUUUGUUUUCAGAGGGAUAAGCUUAUUUGUUCAAGGCGUUAGAAUUUGUCAAGCACAGAUGGUUUCCAGCUACCUGUUUGCAUAUUUCAAGUGGCAAUGAGAGCCAACCUCUUGGGCACCCCAUGGCUGGCUGCUGUGGCAGGUGCUGAAUUCCACUCUGUUAAUGAUCUCAAUAAACCUCUGCAAUGGUUCA